CGAUGAAUUCCAAAAAAGUUUUACGAAGUAUUAACUUAUGUCCCUUCAUUCCUCAAAACUUUUAGAGAUCAGAAGGAUGCCUUUUAAUGACAAAGUCUUUUUCCUUCAGCUAUCCUGGCUGGAAGAAGUGAGAUAUCGAUUAUUGAACCUCCUAAUGCCGAGUCUCUACAACAGUUCUACUACCCAAAUGAAGAAAUAGCAUCGUAUUUGAGUUUAGGAGAUUCUGUGAAAUAGGCUAAUAAAAAGAAAAAUAGGAUGAGAUUAAGACUUGUCAUUUGGUAGGGAUCGCAAUCAGAGUUUAGAUGUGGUUAUAGCAGGGAAAGUCUUAGGGAUUAUGUCA